CCUCUGAGAAGUAUCCGCCGCGUCAUUGUUAACACUUCACACAUUCCCUGUCAGGCUUUCCCAGUUCGUCCCGUCUCUCAGAAACGCGAAGCCAAAAUUAAACCCUAACCGUAGAUUGGCAAUGGCCAGCGAAUCCCAUGAUAAGCACCGGAGGUCUUCAUCGUUGGAAGACGAUGCCGAGAGGUUCUCGAAGCGCCACACGCAUCGUCACCACCGGCAUCACCACCGCAGCAAGAAACGAGAAGAUGAAACCAAACGUGAGGGUGACGAUAUCAAUCGCGCUUCUCCUUCUCCUCCUCCAGUGGCUAUUAUUAAAUUUCGCCCCGAUGACGAUGUGGAGGAGGGUGAGAUUCUUGAAGAGGAUGGUUUCGGUUUCGGUGGUGGCGAGCAGGAGAUUGCGGAAAGGAAAUCUGAGUCGGACGAAGAGUCUCGGAAAAAUGUAACCUCUGGUGUUCACUCUCAAUCGGACCGACGGAAUCUGGGACAUCGUGCUAAGCAUGGCUCGUCUCAUCAUGAAGUUGGUGUACACGAAGAAGACAUUCUAGGGAACAAGGGUAGAAAUAUGAAGACACUGGAGGACGACAAGAAUGAAGAAGAUUUGUUGACUGAUUUCAAAUUAGAUAAGGAAGACAAAGCUUAUAGCUGUAGUGGUGUUGGUACUGAGAUAGGCAAUGAAGUUUCUUUUCCAAGAAACUCAAGUGUUGAGCCUCAAUAUGGCUCAAGGGGCCAAGUCAAUGGAAUUUUGGAUCACAAAGAUGAAAAGAUGCGGCCGAGGGAGUCUGGGUCCCCUUCUAAACGAAUUGGCAGGGGAAAUACUUAUUAUAAUGAUGAAAAGGUCGAGGUCUAUAUAAGCAAGUUAAGCACUCAGGGAAACUCGUCCUCUCAAAGCAUAGGUGACCAUGAGGAAAUUCGUACUAGGAGCAGAUCUAUGUCAAUUUAUCAUGCUAGGGAAAGAUCUCGUUCCCGUAGCAUAAUAGAAGAGGAGGAGGCCCAUUCAAAAAAAGGACGUUACUAUGAGCAUGAUGCCUCAUUAUCGACUGAUAAAGGUAAGUUUGUGUAUGCCUCUGAUGAUGAAAGGAUGGCUCGGCAAAGUAAGGAUAGACGGCAUUAUAGUAGAGAUGUAGUCAGGGAUGUGGACAGGAAACGUAGUCCUAGUUACAAUAGGUAUAUUGUAGAGGACAGGCUUAGGAGUCGGGGUACACAAGGGAGAGAGAGGAGUAGGGAUAGGGAGAUGCAUAGGGAGUUGAGGAAGGAAAAGGAACGAGAAAGGAUCAGAAACAGUGAGAUGGAUAGGGCUCAAAGGAGGGAUAGAGAACGGGACAGGAGUAAGGAUAGGGAUAGGGAAAGGCGGAUAGAACGAGAUAGAAGCAGGGAAAGAGAGAUGGACAGGAAUAGAAGGGAGAAGGAAAGAGAAAAUACCAAAGACAUUGAGGUAGAUAGAUACGGGAAAAGGGAGAAGGAAAGGGAUAGGAGCAAAGCUAGUGAAAGAGAGAGAGUUAAGGACACAGAAAGGGAGAAGGAUAGGGACAAAGUUUGGAAGGAGAGGGAGAAUGAUAGGGAGAGGCAAAAUGACACAAAAUGGAAUAAGGAUAGGAGCAUUAUGAGGGAUAAGGAGAAGUAUGAAUAUCUUGAGGAUGGCUAUGAUAAUGGAGAUAGAUAUAAACAUUCUAGACACUCGAGACAUGAUGAAAAGUAUUACGACCAGGAAAAAAUGAAAAAAGCGCAUUCAACAAAGGUUCCUGGUUCUAGGAGUAAUUCAUUGGAAGGAAAUAGAGACAAACUGAAAAGAGAUGAUGAUGAACAAGGAGACUACGAAGAAGGGAUUGAGUUGCAGUUUGGUGAGCAGGAAGAGGAGGAUCUCAACAGAAUCAAGGAGGAGAGUAGAAGGCGACGACAAGCCAUCCUUGAAAAAUAUAAGAGUCAACCACGAUCAGAAGAUAUAGAAAAAGAUAAGGAGCCUGCACAUGAUCCUGAUCAAUCGGUAGCUGCUACUGAUGUUGUUCCAGAAGUUGGUGAUGGUAGGAGUGAUGUGUUAGAUGUCUAUGUCACUGAACCUUCAUUUUCUGUUGGGAAAUCACCUCCAAAUGGGGUUGCUGGUUUGGAGAAGACUAUCGGUGCUGGGGGGCUUGGAGAGGGCAGUCCGAAGAGUGAGAGGUCAAAUGACAAGUUCUGUGAUGAUAUUUUUGGUGAGACACCAACAAGAGUUCGCAAAAUGUGCAAAGGAGAGGGUUUACAAAUUGAAAGGAGUGGUCUUCGUGACAAUUGGGAUGAUGCAGAGGGUUAUUAUGGCUACCGGUUUGGUGAAAUACUUGAUGGCCGAUAUGAAGUUACUGCUGCUCAUGGUAAAGGCGUAUUUUCUACUGUAGUUCGUGCAAAGAAUCUAAAGGCUGGUAAUGAUGAACUGGAGGAAGUGGCAAUAAAAAUUAUACGCAGUAAUGAUACAAUGUACAAGGCUGGUUUGGAGGAGCUAGUCAUAUUAAAGAAACUAGUAGGUGCAGAUCCAGAUGACAAGCGCCAUUGUGUUCGAUUUAUCUCAAGUUUCAAGUACCGGAAUCAUCUUUGCUUAGUUUUUGAAUCUCUUCAUAUGAAUCUGCGUGAGGUUUUAAAGAAGUUUGGGCGCAAUAUUGGCCUUAAGCUAACUGCUGUGAGAGCAUAUGCGAAACAACUUUUUAUUGCCCUGAAGCAUCUGAGAAAUUGUGGUGUUCUUCAUUGUGAUAUAAAACCAGAUAACAUGCUGGUAAAUGAGGCAAAAAAUAUGCUGAAGCUUUGUGACUUUGGAAAUGCUAUGUUUGCUGGUAAAAAUGAAAUUACACCAUACCUUGUAAGCCGCUUUUAUCGUGCCCCUGAAAUAAUUCUUGGCUUGCCUUAUGAUCAUCCAUUGGAUAUUUGGUCAGUGGGUUGUUGUUUGUAUGAGCUUUAUACGGGAAAGGUUCUUUUUCCAGGUGCUACAAACAAUGAUAUGCUACGCCUUCACAUGGAAUUGAAGGGCCCUUUCCCAAAGAAGAUGCUCCGCAAGGGAGCAUUUACAAAUCUCCAUUUUGAUCAGGACUUGAAUUUUCAUGCUACAGAAGACGAUCCUGUUACGAAAAAGACUAUAAAGCGGAUAAUUCUCAAUGUAAAGCCUAAAGAUAUAUCUUCAAUUAUUACAGGCGCUCCUGGUGAGGAUCCGAAGAUGUUAGCCAAUUUUAAAGACCUUCUAGAAAAGAAUUUUGUGUUGGAUCCAGACAAAAGGAUGACAGUGUCACAAGCAUUGACCCAUCCAUUCAUCACUGAACUUCGACACAGUUUUGGCGUGGUUGAAGUCAAAAUGGGGUGAUGUUUGGUCUGGAGGUCACUUGCUGGCGGGUUCUUUCGUGGAUUGUACUGUUUCUAUCGAUGUCUGCCACUGCUUUGAGGCAACCCUCCACUGCUUAGAUGCUUAAAAGGCACCCAGGAGAAGGUACCUUGGUUUGUUUAAGGGUGAUUAUUGUGACAGCAUUAGAAGUUGAUAUCUUGAUUAUGUUUCAAAUUUUAAAUCCUACACCAUUUGAAAAUAGUUGCUGGAUUUAAACGGAAAUCCUUGAAAAUAUAUAUUUUUAAACACAUUUAGCUGUGAUGGGAUGCUUGUGGGAAAUAUCUGUGUACUUUUAUGUCUGACGUAAUAUUGUAUCAGUAAUCUGAGACGGAUAUAUAUAAUCUGAUUAGUAAAAUUUGCAUCUGAAUUUUAAAAUGUGCUAACAAGCUGUGCUACCAAAUUCUUUUUGGAUGUGCCAGUGGUCCAGUGUUGUGACAUUUCUAGAAUAGACGUGCCAUAAUUUUUCAGAGUUUGCUUGUUUGUGCGACAACCUGUGUUGAGCACUUUAAUUUUUGUAUUAGUUGUCUUCUCUUUACAUAUAUCAAUAGUUAAUGACGUUGCAUUACAUCUGAUUCAUGGUCUGGUCAUUCUGGAGGCACUUGCACUGGAGGCCUACGGCUGCAGUUUUGAUAAAAAAGAAUUUAUUGGGUACAGGAUGCUCCUGUAAUCAUUGUAAGUAUAUUUUCUAAUUCCAUUUUCAUGUUUUAUUUUUUUCCACUUUGCACAAUCUUUGGUUCUUUGGUUUAUGAUGUUUGGUUUCUUGUGAUUUUGAUUUUUUUUUAUUCAUGUUUUUUUUUCCUUCUAGAUAUUUGGUAAGCUCCAUGAAUUGAUUUUGGGUUCUAUAAUUUUAGAUUUGUAAUCAAUGCCUCUUAAUGUGAAAGCGCAAGCUGUGGUGAUUAAUCAUUAUGAGGCAAGGGAUAAGCCUUAAAUUACAAGGUGCAACCCCUUUUGGGUCUUGAAAAAUAUUAAUGUAUGUACAAUUGAAAACUUUAUAAAGUACUGAAAUUAAGAAAUAACUCUGAUUGAUAAACGUUUUCUUAUACAUUUCAACCUUACAAUCUUGUCCAAGACAUUCAAGGUCUGUGAUUGUAUCCUCUUGCAUGUAAGUCAGAGGCUCCAGUUUAAGGAAGACUAAUAUGAGUUAUAUGAUCACUGGUCAAAAGAAGAGGUAGGAGUGGUGAUUAUAUCCUAGGCCCAAUCAUUGCCCAUAUUCCAAGAUCUCACUUGAUUCAUGAAUCUGCCUCCUUUGUUUCAGAGCAUGCGUUAACCUGCUUUUGGUCCUCCUUUGCUAUUGCUGCUUUUUAGCCUCAUCUAAACAUUAGCAAAAGGUUACCGUGAGUGGUUGGGGUUUUUAUUGGUUGACGGGCAAUGUUCCAUUUAAAUAUUUUGGUUCUCUGUCGAGAAAUUUGUUGUUUUCUGUCUUAUGAUUGAAAUAAAGGUUGGAAUGUUGUUUGUUGGUAACUGUACCCUGUCUUAGAAUUGAACUAGCUUUAAUAGCACAAACCGAGUUGAAAUGUUGCUUGCUGGUAUUAUAGCCAUUUCCCAGAAUUGAUUUAGCUUAAAAUAUCAUUCCCUACCUACACAACAAAUUUGGAUACUAACUUUGCUUCCCAAGAUGCAUGAUUGUAAUGUAUGGUAUGCUUUCCGAGCAUCUGAAGACAACUAUUAGUUAAAAUCAUGGAGAUAUGAUUGGUGUCGUCUGGCAAAAUAUGUGAUUGAUAAAGGAGUAAAUCUUCUAGUUGUAUCGAUAAUGUAAGUUUUGGUGAUUUACGGUACGAUUUUCCUGUUUGUGCAGAUAUUUGAAUUUACAGUGUAUUGUGUUUUUGUCUCUCUGUCGUCAUCAUUUUGUGGUUGUGAUUGCCUAAUUUCAUAUGUUCUUAAUGCAGGGUUUUUUUAGUAGCAUAGCUUAUCUGUUCAUUGUAGCCAUGAUUGUUUGUAUUAUGGCUUUUUCCCCCUCGUUAUGGUUUUCAUUUUUAUUGGGAGUCAAAUUUGCCAAACAUGUGGUACACCAUGGAGUUAGCUACCUUCCCCAGUCUUCUAGUGACUAGCAUUCUCUUUCUAAUUUUUUUUUUUUUAAAUUUUCUUUGAUAAGUAAAAUAGGGAUUUUAUUAAUGAAUAGAGGAAGAAACUUCAGUACAUGGGACAUGUAUAUAAAAUCGACUUGACUAUCAAAGGAGAAAGGGCUAGAAAAUCCUGAAAUUUUGAAAUAGAGAGGGUAACAUCAGGUUGGGAAAUUGAGCAAUGCUACAGGAUGACGGGUUAUAAGAACAAAAGUCCUGCAUUCUUUUUUAACUUGCACUAUCUUUGUUUAUGGAAUUUUAUCCGUAAUCAGGUGAAGCAUCUUGGAAUAAAUCAUGGUAUUGAUAAAAAAUAAUUAAAUCAUGGCUGACAACUUUUUUGCAAAACUCAAUAGAAUACCUUCAACAUCGUAGCUAUUGAACUAAAAAACAAGUUUUUAUGAAGAAAGUGACAAUUUCAGAUUUGGUUAUUGAUGUUGGACGUAUUUGGAAACCUGCUUGAUUUUUGGGGUUUGCAAGCUUGUGAUUUUUGUGCGUGUUCUAAUAGUGGAAGUUGGAAAGGCUGGGAUUUGUUAGUUGUUUAGGUUGAUGAACGGCUUAUCAUGAGGAGAGAUUAGUUUUCUUAAAUGUCCGGUAGCAGCUGGUUUGAAUGUGAUUUUUUUUUUUUGAAUGUGAUUUAAUGGGGGCAAUUGUUGGCAAAAACGCUGGGACCAGUUUGGGUGCAAAGGCUUUGGAGGUAUGAGAUAUACUUAACCCUUUUUUUAAAGGAAAAUAAUUUAGCCACAAAGGGAUUACACAGAAGUAAACUCACAAACUGAUAUAGCUUGAUGAGGUAUGUUAGAUUGUAAAGUUACUUUUGUUAUAAAGUAAAUCUAAUGGAUUCCAUGAAGCCAUAUAAAUAUGUGAGUUUACUUUGUAUAAUCUUUUUGUGUCUGUAGUAGUUCUCUAUCUAUCUUCUUUUUUUUUUUUUUUUUUUUUUUUUUUUUAAUAAAAAAAAAUUGUCAAAAAAUGAGAUGCAAGGUAUGGCUUGGAGCUGAAAGAGCUAAGAGGAGAUUGAGAUUAAGUGGCCGUUCUUGGCAUCAUGCCAUGGUGAACACCUGAGAUUUAUGAAUAUAGGAAGAGAAGAAUAGUUAGUAACAUAGUAUGAGAGGAUGAGAUGGUACGGGAAUCAUGGAAAUGGAAGCAGGACACAGCCAAGGCACAUAUUUAUGGCAAAUCUUAGAAAAGGUGAUAUCAAAACAUGCUACUAAAAUUUUAUUUCGCUUCAAAGAAUCCUAGUCUUCAGAAAGUAAAAUACUACUAAAAAAGGGUUUUCAAGACCUUGUUUGCUAAGACUUGGUUGCCUAUCUGGUCAAGAUAAACUCUUGGUUUGGGGAGGUCUGGUAUGCAGUUCUAUUGCUCUUGUUGACUAGAUUAAAUUUAAUUUGUAGUACUUGGGUUGUGCCUUUUAAUGAGAUUUUGUAAAAAUGUUAAUUUAAAAUGCACGAAUGAUUACAACCAAAAGUUCAUUUUCCCUUUUCUUUUCUUUUUUGUGAUAGGUUCCGCCAAUUUUAUUGCGGGUGGUUUUGUAGCGCUUAAUCUGGAUUCCUAGAAUAUGGAGAAAAAGAAGCUACUAAAAUUAAUCCAUCCUAAAAGCCUACUAAAGUGUCUAAAAGCCCCAAUUUUAUUUUAUUUUUUAAGAAGGGCACAUACGUAUAUUUUGAUGCGUAAUGGAACACCUACAUAGGGGAAGAAAUAAAAAGCAACCUAGGGAGGUGAAUUGUGGGUUUUUAUUUGAGCUGUGCAUUAGUGUUGGUAUGGUGUAAGAUUACAUCAUCUGAUUCCAAUCUGAUUCCAACCACACAAUAAAAUAGUUGUAGUGAUAACUAGCCUUUUUUUUUUUUCUCCUACCAAAUUGUAUAUGUGUAUAUGUUAUAAUCUGCAAGGUUAAUUUAGUAUAAAGACAGGCUUAUGACUAUUUUUCUUCUUUUUGAGAGGUACGUAUUCUGAUGUUUAAUGCCUUCUAAUAUAGGGGCUGCAUGAGGCUGGAUGUAUAUGUUGUAGGACUGGUAAAAAUUAUAAAAUUCCAAAUUAUGCACACUUUAAGGUUUCCCCCGCAGGUGCUAUGUGAGUCUCGGUGUAUUUGUUACAGGACUAGUAAAUAGAGGCAAUUUAUUAAAAAAAUAGUAAGCAACACAAUAUUCUAGUAAGCAUGGUCACAAUAUGGUCUGUGAAUUCUGACUUUGGCAUAUUUCUUCCAAGAUAUGGUACGCAUUUUUUUAUCAAAAUGAGAAAUACUCUAGCUACAAAGAGAUUACACAAAAACAAUCCCACAAACUGAUGUGGUUCGCCAGAUUAUAAAGUUACUUUUAUUGUAAAGUAGAUUUAACGGAUCAGAUGAAGCCACAUCAGUUUGUGGGAUUACUUUUAUGUAAUUCUUUUGUGGAUGUAGCAAUACUCGUUGAUUGUCAUAUAGUUCGCUCAGUUCUAUUUCUAUGUUCAUUGUGUUUCAUGUAACCUAAUAUAGCCCUUUAUAAAACCCUUUCUCAUGAAUUGGCUUGUUUCUGUGUCACCAUAAUCUGCUUGAAAGCUUUUUUUGUUUUCCUAAUUUGAUAUUACGGAGGCUUGAUUGACAUGGAUUUAUGAUAACAUCUGAUCAACUUAUAUAUAUAUAUAUAUGCAGACACACACACAAGUACGUGUAUAUAUAUAUGUCUGUAUGUAUGUAUGAUGUGUUAUGGAUGCUGACACCUAAUAGACUAAUAAGCUGGAGGUCUUUAUAAUAUCUUGCAUCUCUCUUUGUUUUUGCUUUUGUUUCCACUGGUACUGGUACCAUUAGAGGGAGGAAGAGUGGUAGGUUCCGUGGGUUAGAUUCUUAAUGUCCAAUCCAGCUGGCAAUUUGAGUUGAGUAUGACUCAACAAUGGGAUAACAACUCCCACCCGCCAAUUCUUGCUGUGGUGAACCUGUUCCCACUAAUAGUGAGGCUCUCUUGUUUUAUGCUUGCUUUGGCUGAUUAUGUGCGCGCACAUUUAGCAAAAGAUGUUGAAAGUUUGCAGGUCUUUGAUAUAACAGAUGUUUUAACUCUAGGAGGAGUUCAAAAGAUGUCAGUGAUGUUGGUAGUAUUACUAUUCCAACUUGAUAAAAGUAUAGUAGCAGUGGUAUUGUUGGAGGUUCAUCCAUUUUCUGUUUUUGCUUAUGGUAAUGUUGCCAAAAUGGGGCGAUACUCGUAUACCGAUUCAUAUUGCAAAGGGAGAAAGCUAUGUUCAAUGUUCAUAUCUUCCAAGGAAUCCUUUGCAACUAACAUUCUCCUUACCAAUGAUGGGAAAAUAAAGCUUAUGACUCUGAGCAAUGGCAACUUAACGUGUUGAAGAAUUAUUAUUGCAGAGCCACUUAUCAUCAAGUUUGGUGUACAAAUGUAUCUAACGGUCUAACCUGUACGAUACGAUUUCUUAAUUGAUAUCGGCAUUUUGCUGUA